UCAAGUGUUGAUUCUACACUUCAUGGAGAGUCCUCAAUUUGAUGAAAAGGAAAACCAUGAAAUUGAGACUCUCUACGAUUCUCAAUCUGAAAAUGGUAGUGAUACUAAGUUUGUUGUUGUUGUUUUCUUAUUGAUUUCUAUGGGUAUUUUCACCGCUGAGGAAUUGAUUGAAGAUCUUUGCUUCCUUCCAGCUCAUAUAGAAGAAGCCGUCGAACCAGGGGAACCCCACGAAGUUCUGUUCUUGGUCCUCGCUUACCUACAAUUACGGGAACGCCUUUUAAUGAUGGGGGUCUGUAAAUCGCUCAGAGACGCCGUUAAUAACGAUUUGUUGCUUUGGCUGGAUAUCGUCGUCGAACCACCUUUGAGUUACCGUCUUUCCAAUGAUGCCCUGUUGAAGAUUACGUCUAAGGCGCAUGGCAGAUUGAGAACUUUGUUUCUGAGUAGUUGUGGAGAGAUAACAGAUGAUGGACUGCAGAGGGUAAUAGUGAGAAACCCUCGUAUCAACAAGCUGUAUGUACCUGCAUGCACUAGCUUAACAGCUAAUGGCAUUGUGACAAUAGUAAAGAUCCUGACUCAGAAAAAUCAAGAUUUGAAGGACCUGAGGUUGCACGGUAUGUUUGGCAUAAUGAAACAACAUAUUGAAACUAUCCUCAGUUGUCUCAAGGUGCAAAAUGAGGACCUGAAGCAGCCUAUAUCAUUUCUUUAUCACAGACGCUUUUCUCUACUAAGCCAUUUGGACGCCACUCAUCCAAUUGAUGUCAAUGUUUGUCCAAAGUGCAGCUGUGUGAAUCUGGUGUAUGACUGCCCAAGGGAGAGUUGCAAGUGGAAGAGGGAAUACCCACUGCUUGAAUGUCGAGGAUGUUACCAUUGUGUCCCAAGGUGCGAUGAGUGUGGUGGAUGUAUCGAGUUGGAUGAGCUUGGGGAUACUGUGUGCAGGGAUAUCUUGUGUUCAGACUGCUGGCUAAGGCUCCCGAAAUGCAACCUUUGUAACAGACCCUAUUGUAACCUACAUGCUAAUCGCCAAAUGUUUCUGUCAGACAAUACUGGAUUUAUAUGCGCCAGUUGUCAUAUGUCCCCUCCAAGAAGUCGGGAUUGGUUGUUAUUGGAGCUUGAAGAAUAUAUGAUGAGGGAUUACUAAACAUGAAUGAAAUAGGU